CGACGACGACGACGACGAAGAAGAAGAAGAAGAAGAAGAAGAAGAAGAAGAAGAAGAAGAAGAAGAAGAAGAAGAAGAAGAAGAAGAAGAAGACGAUGACGAAUAAGACGACGAAGAAGAAGAUGAUGACGAAGACGAUGACAACAAAGAAGACGACAAAGAAGACAACGAAGAAGACGACGACGAAGAAGAAGAAGAAGACGAAGAAGACGAAGAAGAAGACGACAAAGAAGACAAAGAAAAAGAAGACGAAGAAGAUGAGGAAGACGAUGAAGAAGACGAUGAAGAAGACGAUGAAGAGGACGACGAAGAAGACGACGAAGAAGACGACGAAGAAGACGACGAAGAAGACAACGAAGAAGACAACGAAGAAGACAGCGAAGAAGACGAAGAAGCUGACGAAGAAGAAGGAAGAAGAGGAGAAUAGGAGGAAAAGGAAGAGGAAGAGGAAAAGGAAGAGGAAGAAGAAGAAGAGGAAGAGGAAGACGAAGAAGAAGAGGAGGAAGAGGAAGAGGAAGAGGAAAAGGAAGAGGAAGAAGAAGAAGAGGAGGAAGAGGAAGACGAAGAAGAAGAGGAAGAAGAAGAGGAAGACGACGAAGAAGACGACGAAGAUGACGACGACGGCGACGACGACGAAGAUGAAGAAGACGACGACGAAGACGACGACGAAGAAGAUGACGAAGAAGAUGACGACGACGACCAAGAAGAAGAAGAAGAAGAAGACGACGAAGACGAAGAAGACGACGACGAAGACGAAGAAGACGACGAUGAAAACGAAGACGACGAAAACGAAGACGCCGAUGACGCAGAAGACGAAGACGACGACGACGACGGCGAUGAAGACGAAGAUGACGACGACGACGAAGACGAAGACAACGAAGAAGAAGAAGAAGACGACGAUGACGAUGAAGACGACAAAGACGACGACGAUGAAGAAAAAGAUGACGACGAAGACGAAGAAGAAGAAGAAGAAGAAGAUGACGACGAAGACGACGAAGAAGAAGAAGAAGAUGACGACGACGACAAAGAAGAGGAAGACGACGACGAAGAAGAAGAAAAAAAAGACGAUGACGACGACGACGACGACGACGAAGAAGAAGAAGAAGAAGAAGAAGAAGAAGAAGAAGAAGAAGAAGAAGAAGAAGAAGAAGAAGAAGAAGA